AUGUCGUGCUACCAGUGCCUCCCUCCAGCCCACCAGGCCCCCCUGCCCACGCUGCACCCCGGCAGAGCCCCCGCAGCGCCCGCCUGGCACUCCACGCCGUGCAUCGCCCAGAGCGUCACCCGCCAGCACCUCCUGCCCUCCAUGCCCGGCUGGCACCGUGACCCAGCGCCCGCCCCUGUCCCAGCGCGUCCUGCAGCAGCCUCGGUGUGUGACAACGUGCGUGCCCACGGGCGUGACCGGCGUGUGCCAGCACCAGGGGGUGACCCAGUGCGUGCCACAGCAGCGGGGGGUGACCCAGUGCGUGCCACAGCACCAGGGGGUGACCCAGCAGUGUCCCCCGCCGCCGUGCCCCUGCAGCAGAGCGCGCCCCGCUGCGUCACCACCUGCGUGCCUCGGCGUCCCUGCGGCGCCAAGGGGGUCCCUCAGCACCAGGGGGCCACCAGGUGCGUCCCCCAGCAGUGUGUGACCACCCUGUGCCCCCAGCAGGGCGUGCCCAGGUGCGUCACCACCUGUGUCCCCCAGCAGCGGGCGGCCAAGGGGGUGGCGUACCGGUACGUGACCUCGCGGGUCCCCCAGCAAAGUGCCACCACCUCCUGCAUCCCCCAGCAAAGUUGGGCCUCCAGGUGUGUGACCAAGUGUGUCCCCCAGCAGAGUGCCACCGGCUGUGCCUCCAUUUGUGUCCCCCAGCAGCAGCAGCAGCAGCAGCAGCAGCAACAACAACAACGCGUCACCAAGUGUGUCCCACAGCAACAACGUGUCACCCAGUGUGUCCCACAGCAAAGUGCCACCCAGUGUGUCCCUCAGCAGCAAAGUGCCACCCAGUGUGUCCCUUACCAGAGCGUGACCAAGUGUGUCCCUCAGCAAAGUGCCACCAAGUGUGCCUGUUAUCAGAGUGUGACCAAAUGUGUCCCUCAGCAAAGUGCCACCAAGUGUGUCCCUUACCAGAGUAGCGUGACCAAGUGUGUCCCACAGCAGCAAAGUGCCACCAAGUGUGUCCCUCAGCAAAGUGCCACCAAGUGUGUCCCUUGCCAGAGCAUGACCAAAUGUGUCCCUCAGCAAAGUGCCACCAAGUGUGCCUGUUACCAGAGUGUGACCAAGUGUGUCCCUCAGCAGUCUGGGACAACUUAUGUCCCUUAUCAGAGCGUGACCAAGUGUGUCCCUCAGCAGCAAAGUGCCACCAAGUGUGUCCCUCAGCAAAGUGCCACCAAGUGUGUCCCUCAGCAAAGUGCCACCAAGUGUGUUCCUUAUCAGAGUGUGACCAAGUGUGUCCCUCAGCAAAGUGCCACCAAGUGUGUCCCACAGCAGUCUGGGACAGCUUAUGUCCCUCAGCAAAGUGCCACCAAGUGUGCCUGUUAUCAGAGUGUGACCAAGUGUGUCCCCCAGCAGCAAAGUGCCACCAAGUGUGUCCCUCAGCAAAGUGCCACCAGCUGUGUCCUUCAGCAGCAUUAUCAGUCAGGUGGGGUAAAAAUCUCCAGUCACUGCAAAAAAUACGUCUCAGCUCCCAAGUGGCCCUGGUGA